AUGCUUGGGACACAUAUUGGAGGGUACCCGGAAGGCGCCAUGUUCCACGGUUUCCGGGGUCUCUACGCAGAAAUUCUCCUCCACAUGCAAGCUGAAGUUAUGCGCCUCCAGUCGGAACUAAGCCAGCCUCAAAACGCCGAUGGCGACAGCGAUGAUGGAGAUGAUAAAGGCUCUAGUAAAGACACGAUCGCAGUUCAAGCAGAGGGAACAGAUGCAAGAUCCUCACUAGAUCCGGGUGUGAGCACCAGCUACUCCUCCAGCACGGCUCAGUUUCAGAAGGUCCUGGCGCUGAAGAAGACGUUGGACGAAUAUUAUGAUUCGCUCUUUCGCUAUGAAAAGAUCAUCAACUUGCCGCAUCCAAAUUCUCGAGAUCUGGAGGACAUGGUGAACUGGAUGUUCAGCAGACAAGCAAGUAUGAUCAAUUUGAAUGCUGAGAACUUCGGAUUCUACAAGGACAUGUGGAGAGACGAUGGGAGAGAAACCAAAGAAUUAGUCUCUCUCCAUCAUAGCUUCGACGAUGCGCUCACCUCCUGGGUCCAGUAUCACAUCGUUGAUAUCUAUCACAACCUCUGUGGAAAGUACAUACAUAGGCCCCCCAAAGCAGCACAUCUCCAAGGUGCCAUCUUGUAUGAACACAAGGAUAUCGCUCGCGUCACGCGGCUGCUCACGAUCACAUGCGCCUGCGCAUUACCAAUCGCAUCAAUUUUCGUUUUGCACAGCAUCAAAGAUGUAUCUGUGAGACUGGGCAUUGUCUUUGGCGUGUCGGCGUUGUUUUCUAUCUGCAUGGGCAUGAUGACCUCGGCAAAGACUCAUGACAUAUUCACUGCGACUGCAACAUUUGCGGCCGUGCUCGUUGUCUUCGUGGGGACGGACGGGAAUGCCCUUUAA